UAUUGUCCACCUCUAGAAAAGAUUAAAAAGGCGCUAAAAUUUGCUUGCCAAUUUGCCAAGAAAAACACAAAAUGACAGAGGAAACGGACCAUGUGGAACGUCGUUUUUGCGGUAUAUCGAUAAACCACAAACUGCGCAGCCCACACACAAAAAUUACCAAUCCGUAUUUGUUCAAAUUCGCCAAAAAAAUCAACCCCGGGAUUCUGGAAGAUGCUCCAUUAUGCCUCAGUUGCUAUAAAAAUCUGGUGAACUUGUAUAAUACGAAGAACAAUAAUGCCAAAAAGCACCAAGAGCGAAGGAUGGCGGAGAGUGUUACGGAUGCGAGUGGCAGUCAAAGUUCCCAGGGGACCACGACCUUCUUCUCCAGGGUACUAACUACAAAUAAUAAUAAUAAAAGUUCCGCCGAUGGAUCACUGAAUGCAAUAAGAAGUGCACCACUGCCCACCGAAAACAGGAACUCCUCUGUUCGAAAUGCAGCAGUUCCGCAGUCCACAUCACAAUACAUAAACGACGACGACGAUCCCAAUUCCAAUUUAAGUAUGAACGCAAUAAACGGCACACGAUUGCCCCACAUUCAGCCCAUUCCGAGAAGACGACCCACGACGAUCCUCAAUAAGGAAUCUAUGGACAUUUAUCUACAAGGCACCACUGGAGGGUAGCUGGAUAGUAAUAGUAGUUAUCAUUUAAGUUUCUGACUAAUUAAAUACCUCAUUUUUUUUAUUUUUUGAAUGCGAUUUUGUUUAACUUUAAAUUUAUAUAUUAAUAUUUAUUAGAUUUUAACUUUAAAAGCCUUCACAAGGAUGCCAUUUUGACUAUCUUUAAAUAAAUUAAAUAUACUUAAGGAAAAGGAAACACCGGAGAAUAGCUGAAUACGUAUACUAGUAAUAUCUCUUAAAUUAAAAGUUUUAAUCAAUUGAAUAUUUGACAUAUUUGUAUGACAAUAUUAAAAAUGUUGAAUCGUUGUAAUAAAGGAAAGCAUUUGUUCUAACAUACU